AUCCCCUCUUUUCUUUCCAUACCUCCUGCUCUUUCAAGCAAUUAUCUAUCAUUUUACAUCUUGGUGCGCUACGACGGCUUUCAAUAAACCCGCUAGCGACGAGUUUCCUAGCAAGUAGCAGCGAGUCGAGAGCAUCCAAAGUCCCAACUCUUGUGCGGUACACGAUUUCAGUGCGUGCAGUUUGGCGUUGCGAACGAGUUGACCAAACGUGGAAUUGAUUGGUACAGAAAGUGCAUCUCUCGCGAAGAAGCAUUAAAGCAUAGUCCUUUCCAGAGUGUGUGACAAAAAAGCAGAGCGAGUGAGUUGAGUGUGCGAAAAAGAAAGAGCGCCCCAGCAACGGAAGUGUGAUUGAAAGAAGGAAAGAAACAGCUCGAGCGAAGACAAAAAGCAUCCCAGCAAGCGGACAACUCCCCGAGUACUCUACGCCCAACAUCCCAAAGGCCCUGCCCAGGAAAUCGCAUCAAAAUGGUUAUCAAAGUGUACAUCAGCGGAAUGUCCGGCAACAAAGAGGUGAAGAAGCGCCAGCAACGGGUCACGAUGAUCAUGGAAAGCAAGCACAUAGAAUAUACCGUCAUCGACAUCACAGAGCCGGGCCAGGAAGCGGAAAAGGAUUUCAUGCAAACGAACGCCCAGCACAAAGGAUGCACGAUCAGUGAUCCGAACCCACGGCACGCACUACCCCCGCAGCUGUUCAACGACACCGAGUACUGCGGUGACUACGACGACUUCGACAUGGCCAACGAGGUGGACAAUCUGGAAGUGUUUCUUAAGCUGGCGGCACCGGCACCGGAGCCGGAGCAUAAAAAUGGCGACGAAUCUGCACCUGCCACUGCCGCCGCCGCCGAGGAUGAGGACGAAAACAAAGAAAACAAGACUGAAGACAACGGUGCUGCCGGUGAUGGUGCGGAGGCGACCGAGGACGCGAACGAGCAACAAGCGACAAAGGCUCCACCGGAAGAGACCGGAGAAGAGCAGCAAACGGAUAAAGAUGUACCCGAUGAAGAAACAAUCUCUAAAGUGGAUGAGAAAACUGAUCAUUCGAAGGAUGAAGAGACAGAGCAAGUGAAAGUAGAGGAAAUUACCGAAACUUUAGCUGAAGGCACGGAAGUUGAAGAACCAGAAGUUAAUAUUGAAAAGGCAGAACGAACGGAAACAGUAUCGAAGGAGCAUUCGAACAAAGAAAAUGAAUCUGAAGAUGAUACACCAAUUCAGCAAGAGAUUGAAGCAAAGGAUGUAAUUGAAAUCACGGAAGAACUUGAAAAUCCACCAAAAAUUGAAGACAACACAAACGAACAAUUGGCCAUACCGAACGAUGAUGAUCCUCAAGCUUCGGAAGACACAUCCGUAACAGAAGAGCAAGCAGAUGCUAUGGAACAAGAGACCGACGAUGAAGACGCUACAGAUGAAGAUCCCGUUGAAGAUCCCGAAGGCAAAACGGUGGAAGAGACUAACGUAGACGAAACAUGCGAGAUCCCCAACGAUGAGGGUGAAAUGUCCGCAGAAGAAGACACUGCAAAGGAAGCUGUCCACGCAGAAUCUUCUAUCAGUAUCGUGCACAGUGAGGAGGACCAAUCUGUUCCUUGCGAUCAAAACGUGGAUAAUGUCGAAAAGAUGGAAGUAGAGCAGGAGAUUCUCACGGACGAGGACGAAUCAUCUGAUAGUGAUUCGGAGGGUGAUAGUCAAAUAGAAAACCCCACAAAGGCAAAAACAAAUACCGAAAAGGACGUAGAAGAAGAAGCGUCAUUGGAGGCUGGAAGCACACAAGAUUCCCGAACGAUCGGCGAACCUGAGGAACCGGCAAAGAUGGAGGCCGAUGGUGGUGACGUCGAUGCAGAAGAACAGGAACUCCGACGGGCUUCCGCAGCACUACUGGCCGGCAAGAGCGAGGACGCCGAAGAGCAGAUCGGAAUGGAUGAGGUGGAGGAAGAGGAGGAGGAGGACGAAGUGGACAACGAGCUGGAAGCUGCCAAAGAGGAUGAAAUAUCCAGCAAACUGGUUGACACUGAUGAUCCCAUGAUGGCUGAACAGGAGCAAGAAGAAUGAAUCCAACCGACGCCUUCACAGACAACCACAAGAAAUCUCAUCAGUUAAGCUAAAACCACCAAAAAUACUCACACCAUCGUCAUCGUAAUUAUCAUUCGCUCAACUCCGAACGCCGGAUACACCAUUGGAAGGGAACACAAAAAACCACGCAUCGAGUGCUACUGAAGAACCCUGCCCCAGCUCAUCGCACCCUUCAUCAAUCGCCUAGUGACAGGCUAACGAAAUCAAUGGGAGUUUAGUAUACUGGCAAGCUUCGUUCUGUAAAGUUGCUCUCCCCCAAACGUGUGAAGUUAACGAUCGAUCGCGAUGGCGAUCGCGCGAUAAGAAAGCGAGAGCGAGAGAGAGGGAGAGGGAAACAGCGCGAUAAAGACGAAGGACAAUCUUUUUUUUUGUUGGUAAUAUUUAGUGUUGCGAGAUCGCAUUUAGCUUUUAUCCCCGUCCAGUUGUUGGAAGUGCGAUGCGACAGAUUAAACUUAUUAUUAUUAUUGCGCCUCGAGAAGAAAGGAAUAAAGUGUACCGGCGUGCCAUACUUCAUAAUUGCAAGGUGAUCAUUUGUUAAGGAAAGGUACAGUCAAUAAAUAAAACAUAAAUGCUGUAA